GUCACCGAUCAACCGUAACGUCACAACUCCACGGGGGGUGUAUCUAUUCGGCAGGGAUAAAAGGUGUUGGAAAACCGUGCUCGACCACCGUGCUCACGUUAGUGCUCCGCCAGGGAUAUGGUUAAUAUGAAAGAAACUUGAAAAGUUAAAGCUGGUUGCCAUGCUCUGCUGCUGCGACACUUGUCUCGCUCGGCUAUAUAAGUGGCUCCAUAUUUGUACGCUGUUGUUUGUCGAGAUGCAGAGCAGAUGACUGGCUUCACCAUGAAACUGUUGACGUUGUUUCUUUGCUUAUCUCUCACCGUCCUCGCCUUUGUCUCCUCGGCUGAUGUUAAAGACGAUGUGGACGUCAGCAUGGUGAAGUUCAAAAAGUUCAAGAAUCGAUACAGGAAAAAGUACAGCAAAGGAGCGCAGUGUUCUUACUAUCGACGCUGGAAGAACAGGAAGAAAAUGGUUUUCAAACACAACCAGGCCGCUUUGCUCGGCAACAGCUCCUUCACGUUGGUGGACAACCAGUUUGCAGAUGAAACUGUCGAAGAAUGGAAUUCUUUACUGGGCCUUGUCAUACCUGGCCAAUUCAAUUUGAAGAAGUUGGGAAUCAAGGAUUUGACAGCUGUCGAUCCGAACAAGAGCGCUGAAGAUCGGCAGGUGAUUUCUUCCACAAUAACAAUCCCGUCGUCGUUGGAUUUGCGCAGACACCGCUGCAUGCCGCCCAUCAAGAGUCAGUUAACCUGUGGGGCGUGCUGGGCUUUCAUCGCCACUACAUCCGUUGAAUUUCAGUCGUGUUUAAAGAACAAAACCUCACCUGUCAGGUUGAGUGAACAGCAGCUGAUCGACUGCAGCCUCGACUACGGCACCAAUGGCUGCAACGGUGGUUUCUACACAAAUGCCUGGGAUUAUCUCAUCAACAUGGGUGGGCAGGUGGCCAACGCUACAUAUCCUUAUAAAGGAACGGCCGGAUCUUGUCAAUACAGCCAAGGCAUCACCAAAGUCAGCGGUCGGUUAUCGAGAUACAUUUACCUGGACAGCAACGAAAGAACCAUUCUUUCGGCAUUGCUGCAGAGGGGGCCCAUCACCGUCUCCAUUGCAGCCAAUUCUAAAUUCAUCCUUUACAGCUCGGGGAUCUUUGACGACGACUCGUGCAAGAACGGGACAAUCAAUCACGGCGUCGUCUUGGUGGGAUACGGCAGGGCCAACGGCACCGACUACUGGAUAGUCCGCAAUUCGUGGGGGACUUCUUGGGGCCUCAACGGCUACAUCCUGAUGAAGCGGAACGUCAACAUCUGUCGUCUGGCCGAGUACGCCUUCCUCGCCUUGCUCUAAAUUUUGAAGAUGGCCGCUCCCUUUGCUCGUUAAUAGUUUAUGGAGCUCAAACGAAACAACGUAGAUGGUGUGCCGGUCUCUUGGCAUGUUAACUGUGCGCUGGCGGGGAAACAGCUGUUGUUCUCAGAUGGGGUGAACUGACGUAAGUUUUUAUUUUAUUUUAACAGAACGACACUGUUUGACCGUGGUUCGGCCAAACCGAUUUGGCUCUGCGUUCGAAAUACAAGUUGUAACGCCUUAUUAAAUCCAAGGCGCAUGA